GCGAGGAGGGUGAUGGAGGGGCCGCUGUGACAGCAUCUCCCUGCGGCCGCUGUGGCUUCUCUUCGCUAUCCUAACCCCCCCCACCCCCGCCUUCUCUUAAUCAGCUGCGUUUGUUUUAGGGUGGUUUCUCAGGGUGUUAUGGCUGGGUGGGGGACUUCUUUACCUGCCACUAAAGUGAUGCGCCGUGCUUAUGCAAUUAUUGUUGGAUCUGUCCUCUAAUUCUAAAGGUUCUCGGUUUGAUAAUGUGCUGUUAACAUCACUGUCUUCUUAGAGUCGGGACUGAAGAGCUUUAAUUUGGAGAACGGGAGAGGAGUUGCUUGGUUAAAUAAGGUCUCCAAAGGAUAACAUUCUCUAAUCUCCAAAGAUGGCAGCUGUUGCAGUGCUAGAGGAGGUACUGGCUUCCAUUGAAAAUGAGCUGCAGGCAGUGGAGAUGCAGAUUCAGGAGCUUGUGGAUAAACAGCAGGAGCUUAUUCAAAAGAAGAUGAGGGUAAAGAAUCUGAUUAAAGAGUCCUCAGGAGACUUGGAGGCAGGCGGAAGUAAAGACACCAAAACCUCAGCUGAGUCGUGGAACAAAAAAGACUUUCCAUGGUAUGAGAAGAUAAAAACUGAGCUGCAGAAUACGUUUAAACUCCAGAAGUUUAGGUCCUUGCAGCUUGAAACAGUAAAUGCUGCAAUGGCGGGAGAGGAUAUAUUUCUCGUCAUGCCUACAGGUGGUGGAAAGAGCCUUUGCUACCAGUUACCGGCUGUCUGUUCUGAUGGUUUCACGCUCGUGAUAUGUCCUUUGAUAUCGCUUAUGGAAGAUCAACUUAUGGUUUUGGAACAGCUUGGUGUUUCUGCAACUUUAUUAAAUGCCUCAAGCAGUAAGGAACAUGUGAAGUGGGUUCAUACCGAAAUGCUAAACAGGAAUUCACAACUGAAACUCCUAUACGUAACCCCGGAGAAGAUUGCAAAAAGCAAAAUGUUUAUGUCAAAGCUAGAGAAAGCUUAUCAAGCAGGGUGUCUUGCUCGCAUUGCUGUAGACGAGGUCCAUUGCUGUAGUCAAUGGGGCCAUGACUUCAGGCCUGACUACAAGUCUCUUGGUAUCUUGAAAAGACAGUUUCCCAAUGUUCCCUUGAUUGGAUUGACAGCAACUGCUACAAAUCAUGUUUUAAAAGACGCUCAGAAGAUUUUGCAUGUUCAGAAGUGCAUUACUUUUACUGCAUCUUUCAACCGGCCCAAUCUUUACUAUGAGGUUCGGCAUAAGCCUUCAAACAAUGAAGAUUUCAUUGAGGACAUAGUUAAGCUCAUUAAUGGAAGAUACAAAGGACUCUCAGGAAUCGUUUACUGUUUUUCUCAGAAGGAUUCUGAGCAAGUUACGGUGAGUUUACAGAAACUGGGAAUCAAGGCAGGGACUUACCAUGCAAACAUGGAUGCUAAAUAUAAGACCAAAGUUCAUAAAGGAUGGGCAGCAAAUCAAAUCCAGGUUGUAGUUGCAACUGUUGCUUUUGGCAUGGGGAUUGAUAAACCUGAUGUGAGGUUUGUAAUUCAUCAUUCUAUGAGCAAAUCCAUGGAGAACUAUUACCAAGAGAGUGGACGUGCAGGUAGAGAUGACCAAAAAGCUGACUGCAUAUUGUAUUAUGGUUUUGGAGAUAUAUUCAGAAUCAGCUCAAUGGUAGUGAUGGAAAAUGUAGGGCAAGAAAAACUGUAUGAUAUGGUGUCUUACUGCCAGGAUAUGAACAAAUGUCGCCGGGUCCUCAUAGCCCAUCAUUUUGAUGAAGUAUGGGAUUCUGCAAACUGCAACAAAAUGUGUGAUAACUGCUGUAGAGAGAACUCAUAUGAGAAAAUGGAUAUAACAGGAUACUGCAGAGAUCUAGUUAAGAUACUUGAGCAAGCUGAAAACAUGAGCGAAAAACUCACCCCGCUGAAAUUAAUCGAUGCAUGGUCUGGGAAAGGUGUAUCAAAAUUCAGGGUGGCUGAAGUUACUCCACCAAAACACCCUCGAGAGGAACUGGAGAGAAUUAUUGCCCAUUUACUGCUGCAGCAGUAUCUGAAGGAAGACUUCAGCUUCACGGCAUUUGCUACAAUAUCCUACAUAAAGAUAGGACCAAAAGCAGGUCUGCUGAAAAAUGAGGCACACGUCAUCACUCUACAAGGGAUAACAAACAAGAAAAGUGUUCACAAGAACAAACUGUCUCAGUCUUCGAAUCCGAAAGGAAACAGAGACAAUGCUCAAGCAAUUUCAAAGAUUGCACAAGAUUCAGCAGGGAAGAAGUCACAGGAACUUAAACGGCCUAACUCUGGUGCUAACUUAAAAGCAAAGAAGCUUAAGCUUCAGGCAAGUGGAGAUGACCAAUUGGUAGUUCUUGACUGAGUUUCAG